AUGCCGUCUGCUCUGGACGUCGUCGACCACUCGCCGCACCACCCCAAGGCGAUAGACCCGAUCCAGUCAGCGUCCAACGUGGUGCUGAUCGACAACUAUGACUCGUUCACGUGGAACGUGUACCAGUACCUAGAGCUGGAGGGCGCAUCGGUAACGGUGAUCCGCAACGACCAGAUCACGCUGGAGCAGCUGAUUGCAAAGAAGCCGACACAGCUGGUGGUGAGUCCGGGGCCCGGUCACCCGGCGACCGACUCGGGCAUCAGCCGGGACGCAAUUCGGCACUUUGCAGGCAAGAUCCCGGUGCUGGGCGUCUGCAUGGGUCAGCAAUGUAUCUUCGAGGUGUUUGGUGGUACGGUCAGCUCGGCCGGCGAGAUUCUGCACGGCAAGACGUCACCGCUGGUCCAUGACGGCCGCGGGGUGUAUGCGGGGCUGCCACAGUUGCUGCCGGUCACGCGUUACCACUCGCUGGCGGGCACGCGCGGCACGCUGCCGCCAUCGCUCGAGGUCACGUCGUGGAUCUCCAAGGCUGACGGCAGCCCGGGCGUGAUUAUGGGCGUGCGUCACAAGGAAUAUACGGUGGAGGGUGUGCAGUUUCACCCGGAGAGCAUUCUGUCGGUGUCGGGCCGUGGCAUGUUCCACAACUUUCUGGUGAUGCAAGGCGGCACCUGGGCCGAGAACGAGCAGCUGCAAGCAAAAAACACUACAACGGAAGCCAUUGCGGCUGCUGCUUCGGCCAAGACCAACAUCCUGCAGCAGAUCUUCUCGCGUCAGCGCAUCGCAGUAGAGGCGCAGAAGAAGGUGCCGUCGCUGCGGCCCGAGGACCUGCAGGCAGCAUACGACUUGGGAGCAGCACCGCCAGCACUGUCGUUUGCAGACCGGCUGCGACAGUCGCCAUUUCCGGUGUCGCUGAUGGCCGAGAUCAAGCGGGCAUCGCCAUCCAAGGGCGUGUUCGCCAUGGACAUCCGGGCGCCAGCACAGGCGCGGGCAUAUGCACAGGCAGGCGCCAGCGUGAUCUCGGUGCUGACAGAGCCGCAUUGGUUUCACGGCAAUAUCGAGGACGUGCGGCAGGUGAGGGCGGUGCUGCAAGCGAUGCCAAACCGGCCGGCGAUCCUGCGCAAGGAGUUUGUGUUCGACGAGUACCAGAUCCUGGAAGCGCGCCUGGCCGGAGCCGACUCGGUGCUGCUGAUUGUCAAGAUGCUCGACGAUGCCACACUCUCGCGGCUGUACCGCUACAGCCGUUCGCUGGGGAUGGAGCCGCUGGUCGAGGUGCAGAACGCGGCCGAGAUGGAGCGGGCUGUUGGCCAGCUGGGCGCCAAGGUCAUCGGCGUCAACAACCGCAAUCUCGAGAGCUUCGAGGUCGACCUGAAGACGACCAGUCGGCUGCGCAGCAUGGUGCCGGCCGACACCAUUCUCUGCGCCCUCAGCGGCAUCAACACGCGUGCCGACGUCGAGGCUAACGAGCGCGACGGUGUCAAUGCCGUCCUCGUCGGCGAGUCCAUCAUGCGUGCUGCCGAUCCUGCUCUAUUCAUCCGUCAGCUCUGCUCAGGCUCAGGUGCGCCGGCUCCUUCUUCCUCUUCUCCUGCUGCUGCACAUUCCUUACUCGUCAAGAUCUGCGGGACGCGUAGUCCCGAGGCUGCCCUCGAGGCUGCCCGCAGCGGUGCCGACAUGGUGGGCAUAAUCUUUGCCCCCGGCCGCAAGCGCACCGUCUCACACGAAUCCGCCUUGGCCAUCUCGCGUGCUCUGCACGGCUUUGCCGAUUCCGACCCGUCCAGCUCUACGGCCACGGCUGCCAAGACCGCCACUGCCACCGUUACUGCCACCGAUUUCUUUAGCCUCGCCCGGAAGACACUCGCCCGCCGGAAGCGGCCCCUCCUAGUAGGCGUGUUCCUGGACCAGCCGCUCGAGGAGGUGCUCGAGAAGCAGCGACUGUAUGAUCUAGACGUCGUCCAGCUGCACGGCCGCGAGCCCAUCGAGUGGGCGCGCUGCAUCCCGGUGCCGGUGAUGCACAAGUUUCAGCCGGGAGAGCCUGGUCUGGGCGUGCGCGGCUACUACACGGCGCCUCUCCUGGACUCGGGCGCAGGGUCGGGCCAACAGCUGGACACGACGGCCGUGCAGGUCGAGCUGGACCGGGACCCCAGAUUGGAGUUUAUGCUGGCCGGCGGCUUGGACCCGGACAAUGUCAGCGAGGCACUAGGCGCAUUCGACCGCGACAGCCGGGCGCGGAUUAUCGGCGUCGACGUCAGCAGCGGUGUCGAGACGGAUGGGACGCAGGACCUCGCCAAGAUCGGCGCGUUUGUGCGGGCGGCCAAGGCUCUUUCCUCUUGA